AUGACCAACGACGAUACCGACAACAAAUUAGUAUCUGAUUACAAGAAAACAUUUGGUCAACAAGUUCAUCAUGUAUCCAAUGACGAAAACAUUCGAAUUCAUCCGGAUCGAUCAUUAUACGAUGAACUCGAGCAACAACAUUUAUUAAAACAACCGCGACAUCCUACUGGGCUCGGUUUUCAUCUGAUUCGAGACGGCCAACUUGGCCUGGCAAUGUUAAACCAAACUCCAGUAUUCCUCGCUCCUGGUCGCCAUACAUUCUGGUCCCCAUUUGAUCAUCUAAUUGGUGUAGCCAAUAUCACCGAUAAAUUGAUCACACUUGGCAACAUCCAAAUUGUUACUAUUGAUCAAGGUGAACUCGGAUUGAGCCGUCGAAACGGAGAAACUAUCUUGCUCGAUCCUGGUCGAUACAUAUUGAAAGCACCACACAUUUUCGAGAAGAGUACAGCGGCUAACGCGCAGUACAUUGAGCUGGGCACAUAUCGACGAAUAACUGUACCUGUUGGAUACGUUGCCGUCGCCUUCGACAUCGGCAAACAGAUUAUUAUUCGACCGGAGGACACAAAAUCGGGUCCUUUCGAAACCAAUUCACCUACGUUCCUUUUUGAUAAACAGACCGGCUUUCAAUCCGUACAAUUACAAGUGAGAGAACUCGAUGAAUUGAAGGUCAAUACUCGCGAUGGUAUCACGAUCACAGCACGAGGUCUCAUUACUUAUCGAAUCAGUGAUGCACGAGCAGCAUUUAUGACCGUUCAAGAUAUUCAUGGUGCAGUGAAACGAGCGGCUGAAGCAACACUUACUUCUCUCUUUCUCAAUGCAGCUAUCGACGAAAUCGCGCCACCUGUUCCAGUAAGACCAGCCGAAGAGGAUCUCAUUAAAUUAAAGCCAGAGAAUGAUAAUGAAAACUUCAACAAACACAUUCGCGACGCUUUUCUUCACGAUUUCUCUCACAAAGUCAGUCAAUGGGGUAUUGAACUACAAGAUUUAAACAUCGAAAAGCUCGAAUUCGACAGCAGUGUGAAAGAUCUACUUCGUAAACGUGCACAAGCCCGAGUGGAAACGGCGACAAGUUUAUCUAACAUGCGCGCUCAAACCGAUAUUGCCACACAGCAAGCCGAUAGAGAAAAGCAACAGGCUCAGAUUAACGCCGAAGCUGCUGCAUUCGUCACUCGAACUAAAGCCGACGCCGAUUACUAUGCCGCUGAGCGCCAUGCCCAAGCCGCGAAAUUGCUGCAAGAAGUACCUCUUGCAGCUCAACUUGAACUCAAACGAUUAGAUGUUGAAACUGUGAAAGCAACUGGCGAUCGAACAACGUUCAUGCCGAUGAAUAUGCACAUUGGAGACAUAGCAGUGACAGACAAACAUACUGGACAAAUGUAUUGGGUGUCUAAUACAACAUCCACAACGAAACUAUAA